AUGUCAGUUCUUAUUGUGACAAGUCUUGGGGAUAUCGUCAUUGAUCUCUACUCGGAUAAAUGCCCUUUGACCUGCAAGAACUUCCUCAAGCUCUGCAAGAUCAAGUACUACAAUGGGUGCCUCUUCCACACUGUGCAAAAAGAUUUCACAGCACAGACGGGUGAUCCAACUGGCACGGGAGUUGGUGGAGAUUCUAUCUACAAGUUUCUGUAUGGUGAGCAGGCUCGUUUUUUCGGAGAUGAGAUUCAUCUGGAUUUAAAGCAUUCAAAGACCGGCACUGUUGCAAUGGCCAGUGGUGGAGAAAAUCUCAAUGCUUCCCAGUUCUAUUUUACACUUCGUGAUGACCUGGACUACCUUGAUGGGAAACACACUGUGUUUGGGGAGAUUGCGGAGGGGUUUGAAACUCUGACAAGGAUAAAUGAAGCUUAUGUUGAUGCGAAGAACAGACCAUACAAAAACAUCAGAAUCAAGCACACAUAUAUUCUUGAAGAUCCGUUUGAUGAUCCCUCACAACUGGCUGCGAUGAUACCAGAUGCUUCCCCUGAAGGAAAACCCAAGGAAGAGGUCAACGAUGACGUGCGGAUUGAAGAUGAUUGGGUUCCAAUGGAUGAAGAACUUGGUAUUCACGAACUGGAGGAGGUUAUCCGGGAAAAAGCUGCCCAUUCUAGUGCUGUUGUACUUGAAAGUAUAGGAGAUAUCCCAGAGGCUGAGGUAAAGCCUCCUGACAAUGUGUUGUUCGUCUGCAAACUGAAUCCUGUGACCGAGGAUGAGGACCUCCAUACAAUUUUUUCACGAUUCGGAACUGUCAUAUCGGCGGAUGUAAUCCGGGAUUUCAAAACAGGUGACAGUUUGUGCUACGCUUUUGUAGAGUUUGAGGACAAGGAGGCAUGCGAACAAGCCUACUUUAAGAUGGACAAUGCUUUGAUUGAUGAUAGAAGAAUACACGUGGAUUUCAGUCAGAGUGUAUCCAGACUUUGGUCACAGUUCCGGCAGAAAGACUCGCACAAGGGUAAAGGGAAUGGAUGUUUCAAAUGUGGCUCAACAGACCAUGUUGCCAAGGACUGUGUGGGUGAUAAUCAGGCUUCCAAGUUCAUUGUGAAAGACCAAAACAGACAGCACGGGGGAGGCCAAGGAUAUGAUAUGGUGUUUGAGGGUGAUGCAGAGAGGGAGAAGAAGAUUCCAAGUCGCCAUGGCUAUGGUGAAGGCAAAAGACAAGACAGACAUUAUGAACGUGACACGGAGGACAAGGCAGCUAUUAAGAACAAUGGCAGUAGAAGACAGCAACGGGAAGAUGUAAGAGACAGGGAGAGGGAGAGGGAGAGGGAGAGGGAGAGCAGGUAUGAUGAAGGUGUGAGCAGGGAGAAGAAACACAGAGAGAGAAAGGAAAGAGAGAGUAGGGAAGAUAAAGAAGAAGAAGACAGGAGAAGAAGAAGGCGCCGCGAAGAAAUGAGAGAUAGAGAGGAUCAUCGGAGUGAUAAGGGGAGGAGAAGAGAGAGAGACGACAAUGAGAGAAGGGGCAGCAGCGACACCGCUCUGUGUCGUCGUCAAAUGUCAAACAACAUCGUUGUACUUGACAACGGCGGCGGUCUAAUCAAAGCCGGGCAAGGCGGCGAGCGUGAUCCCGUCACCGUCAUCCCAAACUGCCUCUUCAAACCUCUCUCCUCCAAGAAAUUCCUCCUCCCUCUUCCUCUGUCGGACCUCGACGUCGACAUCGAUCUCACCUCCGCCGCCGUCCGCCGCCCCAUCGACCGCGGCUACCUCAUAAACCCGGAGCUGCAACGCGACAUCUGGUCGCACCUCUUCACCUCUCUCCUCCGCAUCACCCCUACCUCCUCCUCUCUCCUCCUCACCGAGCCACCGCUCUCCAUCCCUUCCGUGCAGCGCGCCACCGACGAGCUCGUCUUCGAGGAUUUCGGCUUCUCUUCUCUCUACCUCGCGAAUCCUCAGUCCCUCGUCCAUCUCUACGAAGCUAGUCGGCAGCCCGAUUCCGUGCUCUCGCGGACUCAGUGUAGCCUCGUCGUCGACUGUGGCUUCUCCUUCACCCACGCCGUCCCCGUCCUCCACAACUUCACCCUCAAUUACGCCAUUAAGAGGAUCGACUUGGGUGGCAAAGCUUUCACUAACUACUUGAAGGAAUUGGUGUCUUAUCGGUCCAUCAAUGUCAUGGAUCAAACCUUCUUGAUGGAUGAUGCCAAAGAGAAGCUCUGCUUCGUCUCACUCGACCUCAACCGUGAUCUCCGCCUUGCUCGGGAGCGACGAAAUGCCAACCUGAUCAAGUCGACUUACGUUCUUCCUGAUGGUGUCACUCAUACCAAGGGUUAUGUCAAAGACCCUGAAGCUGCCAAGAGGUUCCUUAACCUUUGUUUAGGGGUUGACCAAGGAUCUAACAACAACUCUGAUUCCAUGGAUAAGAAAGCUGAUGGGGAGAGGAAGAAGGCCGACGUGAACAAAAACGUAACAGAUAUUCAGGAGAUUGACUUGACUAAUGAGCGUUUUCUUGUGCCUGAGACGCUAUUCCAGCCCGCAGAUUUGGGGAUGAAUCAGGCGGGACUUGCAGAGUGCAUUGUCCGAGCUGUAAGCUCAUGCCAUUCUUACUUGCAACCAGUUUUGUACCAAAGCAUCAUCUUAACCGGUGGAAGCACAUUAUUUCCCCAACUUAAGGAGAGACUAGAAAGAGAGCUUCGACCACUUGUCCCAGACCACUUUGAUGUCAAGAUUACAACUCAGGAGGACCCGAUACUAGGUGUAUGGAGAGGGGGUUCACUUUUGGCUUCGAGCCCAGAUUUUGAGUCCAUGUGUGUGACCAAGGCCGAGUACGAAGAACUUGGAUCUGCUCGAUGUCGGAGAAGAUUCUUUCAUUGA